AUGAAGUCGCUCGAUCCGAACCACAAUUUCCUAGGCCACAAGCGACCUUCUUCCGUUGAUGUAGGCACCUUACUGCAUUUGCGAGGUGCCCAGGACAACGAGCAAGCAAAGGAACAGACCCCAAUUGAAGAACGAUUGCUUGUUCGGCGAUAUUUGACGACGAAGACCAAUCAACUCAAAGAAGAAAAUGAUGCUUUCAAGAAGUAUUACAAGCAGGCUACAGAGGGACUCGAUAGACUGAAAGCGGACUAUUCAACACUCGAAAAUGACUUGAAAGCGAAUGAUGACAACAAGAAAUCCGAGGAGCAUCAUGUUGAGAUGUUGAAGAAGUCUCACGAGGUUCAAAUUCUCAGGAUAGAGAUGACACAAAGUAUCAACGAGGACUUGAGGCGCUGGAACGAUUUCUAUCAGAAGCAGAACGGUGAAUUGUUUGAGGAUAUGAUGAGCGCGGACCAGGCACGGUGGGAUUUGCACGAAGAGUUGAGCAAGCGACGCCAGGCAGUGGAUAUCCGAAAGAGCUCGUUGAGUGGAGAUCCUGAGGAACCAACGUCAGAAUCAGCCGAGGAAUUCCCAUUGCCCAGUACUCCUGAUGAAAACGAUAGCUACGAUCGCGGACGAUUGGUGGAGCCAGAAUUCCCAGGACCAAAGGGCGAGCUGCAGUAUUUGUUUCCUUUUGAUGAACGAUCAAGGAAUGAGCAGAAUGUCAUUCAUGUGCUACUGACCCGCGCUUUGUUUGCAGAAAAAAUGGAGAGAUGGAUACAGGCUUUUGAACAUGCCAAAACAGCCAAGGAAAUGGCCACUGGGUUCGGGUAUGAUCCAUUGGUAGCAUAUUGCUCGUUCCAUCAGGGUACAGCUUUAAAUGGCCAGGAGGAAUAUGUGGCUGCGAUUGAGGCACUGGAAGCUGCAGAGCCUGCUGUUGACAAAUAUAUCAGUAGGACAGAAAUAGAUGAUUACAAGACUGAGAUUGAGGAGGCGCCUAAAGACCAGGCCUGUGAAGUGAAAGAAGAGGGAGAAGAAGAAUCAACACAAACCAAAACGCAUGAAAAAACCGAAGACAUGCCACAAAAUUUCCAAACGAAAGCACCACCGGUACCCAAACUAGUGCUGCCAGAAUUUUCGGAGAGCGAGGAUGAAGUGGUUGCUCAAGGUGGACGCGAAAUGGUAACAAAGCCGGGCGGUGAAUCUGAAUGGAUGCAGCGAUUCAUGUUUGGACAAACCGACUCUCCUGAGAAUCGUGAGCUGGUCGAUACCACCAGCACGGUAGAUAGUGCGGCGGGGGACGAGAAUGCAGGCUUUGCUUACAGCCCUCCGGAAACACCCUUCUUGUCAAGAGGCCGUCCACGAUCUCUUGUACUUGGACGCGGUGAAGAAGAGGAGCAAGAUAAUAAUGAUAUAGAGCGUGCUGAAAAGCGCGAGAGAUCCAGACCAGGGACACCAGCAUGUCCAGAUUCUCCGCCGGCUCCUCCUUCGCCUACUUCGUUGGGAAGCGAGUUAGAAAGUAGUCAGAACGAUAGUGAGGAUGAUGACGCUGUGGAUGCGACUACUGUGGAACAAAAUAUCAAUUUUGUAUUGCCGGAUGACACAACUGAGUGA